AUGGCGAAACCCCUCCUCCUUGCAGCGCUGCUACUAACGUACGCCGUCUGCGCGCUCUCCCUACAUCCCUGCCCGCCUUGCGGCACCACCGCCGUCCCCUACCCUCUGAGCACCGCCGCCAACUGCGGCGAUCAGUCGUACAAAAUCCGCUGCGUCGCAGGCAAGCUUCUGUUCGACUCCUCCAACAACACAUACCCGAUAACGUCCAUUUCCCCUUCCAUCCAACGGCUGACGAUCGCGCCCUCACCAUUACUCCCAAACGCCUGCGUCGCAGCGGAUCUACCCUCCAACGGCCUCCAGCUCAACCCCGACGGGCCCUUCAACGUCAGCAGCGGCAACACCAUAUUAUACCUCAACUGCACCCAAUCCAUUACGGAGUCCCACCUCAACUGCACCCAGGCCAGCCUCUGCCACUCCUACGUCAACGCCACCGGCGGCGCGUGCUGCAACGUGCCGUGCUGCGAGCUCCAUUCCGGUGGGACUAUCCGCAGGAUACGUAUGAGGCUUUCGGGUUGCCGGGCGUACACGAGUUUCGUCGAUUUGGAUCCCGGCCUGCCAGUUAACAAGUGGCCACAGCCAGCCGUGGCGCUGCGGUGGGCCUUGCCGCCGGAGCCCACGUGCGUUGUCCAGGCGGAUUGCGGGUCGGGUUCCACUUGUGAACCCGAUCGGAGCUCCAAUGGCGGCAUUAAGGUCAACAGGUGCUUUUGCAAUUCCGGGUUGCGGUGGGACCCUGUCGCUGGACUCUGUUCUCAAGGUCCGUUUCCAGAGGUUUUGUUUUAG